GGCGGCAGCAGCGGCUGCAGCCGGGGCCCCAGUCGGGCUGAGGCGGAGGAGCCGCCGGCUCUGACCUCGCUCUGGCUCCGGUGCGUGCGGCUGAGCGUGUGCGAGGCCCCGCGCGUCGGGCAGGGGCGGCGGCGGCCACUGCGCGCCGCCCUGAGGAGCGCCCCGGAGGCGGCGCGGCUGCGGCUGAGGAGAGAGCCGGCUCCGGGCCUCCGCGUCCUCCUGCUCCCCCGGGCCCCCGCCUCCUCGGGGGGGCGGCGGCGGCGAUGUUCUCGGUCCUCUCGUACGGGCGGCUGGUGGCCCGCGCCGUGCUCGGCGGCCUCUCGCAGACCGACCCCCGAGCCGGCGGCGGCGGCGGCGGCGGCGGCGGCGACUACGGGCUGGUGACGGCGGGCUGCGGCUUCGGCAAGGACUUCCGUAAGGGCCUCCUCAAGAAGGGCGCGUGCUACGGGGACGACGCGUGCUUCGUGGCCCGGCACCGCUCGGCCGACGUGCUCGGGGUUGCGGAUGGUGUAGGAGGAUGGAGAGACUAUGGAGUUGAUCCGUCCCAGUUCUCAGGGACUUUGAUGCGUACAUGUGAACGCUUAGUGAAGGAAGGACGGUUUGUACCAAGUAAUCCCAUCGGAAUUCUCACCACGAGCUACUGUGAGUUGCUGCAGAAUAAAGUACCUUUGCUUGGUAGCAGCACGGCCUGCAUUGUGGUGCUGGACAGAACUAGCCACCGCUUACACACAGCGAACCUGGGCGAUUCUGGCUUCCUGGUUGUGCGGGGUGGUGAAGUUGUGCACCGAUCGGAUGAGCAGCAGCAUUACUUCAACACUCCAUUCCAGCUCUCAAUCGCUCCACCGGAAGCAGAGGGCGUUGUCUUGAGUGACAGCCCGGAUGCCGCUGACAGCACGUCUUUCGACGUCCAGCUGGGCGACAUUAUCCUGACGGCCACAGACGGACUCUUUGACAACAUGCCUGAUUACAUGAUCCUUCAGGAGCUGAAGAAGCUGAAGAAUUCAAACUACGAGAGUAUACAGCAGACGGCAAGGAGCAUUGCUGAGCAAGCUCACGAGCUGGCAUAUGACCCAAAUUAUAUGUCACCUUUUGCACAGUUUGCAUGUGACAACGGAUUGAAUGUGAGAGGUGGGAAGCCAGAUGACAUCACCGUCCUCCUGUCAAUCGUGGCCGAGUACACAGACUGACUCCGAGGGGCUGGCCUCUGCCUUUCCUGCCGUCGUCCAGUGUCCCUGCCGUGUGUGCUGAUCCUGCUGGCGGGACUGCGUCUCUUUGCCACUGAUCUCCAUGGCCAGUGAUGUGAGCCUUGUGCCUGUCUUCUUGAGACCGGUCGAGAUCUUUGUUGAGAACCACUGCUGUCACUCACCAGCUCACGCCUGCCGGCGGCAGCUGAAGGGAGUUCCGACCUGAAGGUGGGCCUUCUCGUGGAGUUCCCACAGCCUGGUACUUUUACAAAGGCUAUUACUUUUCAAAAGCAGCUGAAGUUUUGAAAGUGAGUAAUGUUGGUAAAGUGAGUUCAAAAUUAGUGUGUUAAAGGGAUUUUAAGUCUUACACAGAUCGCAUUGUAAUGAUACAUUUAGAAAACUUCUACACUGUUUGUGAGAAGUGUCACUGUGUCCUCCGGCCAUACUCUGUCCCGAUGACUGGCUGUGGCUUUAUGUCUCAUUGUAAACUCCUAUUUUUCAGGAGCUUAUAACUCUGCUCUAAAACAUUGCUGUGGGUUGUAACAUCUUGAUCCCAACAGCAUUUUUGUUACCGAUUGAAAGGAAAAUUCAUUUUAGUUCUAUGGAUGCAAAUAUUUUGUGCUUUUAAAAAGAUGCUUACUUGUGUUCCUGUGACUAAAGUUUUGGCAGUUUGUAGAUUAGUCCAAACCACAGGCUGAUGGCCUGACAGCGAGGGGUGGGGAGGACUCCUCCCGGAAGUUUCAUGGAAUUACUGCUCCAGACUGUAGAGUUCCUCAGAGCCUCUGCUGAACUUCCUGCCCAGCUGUCUGAUAAUGUGGGAGUUCCGAGGGCAGUGGGUGAGAAUGGCCAGCUGUAACUUUGGCUUUGGUUGGCUUCUGAUGGUCGUGCUACCCAGUCUUCCUCAGACCUCUGACUAGGAGUGCGCCAGUCAGCGAGUCCACGUGGCGGCAGCGUGGAAAUCCACGAGGAAAACUCCUAGGGAGGAUCUGACAUUUGCGGUUGCCCGCAGCAGAAGUUUAGGGUUUUCUGAAUCGAGCGUAAUGUUUACAGUUUCCGAAUAGCCAUUCUGCAGCGCGUAGUCCCUUACAAAACCACCCCACAUCCGGUUUUCCCAUGAUCUGCAAGCUCAGACUUACUUUAAGGUUUGUGUACACGUUGACUGCUGUAAAGAGAUAUAUUUUUGGGUCAGUUUUUUCCCUUCAUUAACUUGGUGGUAGAAAAAUAUAUAUAUGUAGAAAUCCUUAAAUUAAAGCCAUGUUUUAUACAUGAGUCAGGUAACGUUGGUGUAUAGAUGGGAAUGCAAUGAAACCUGGUGUGAAUCUACUGGCAGAGAAUUGAAAGUCUUCUCUCUGAAGGAGAUGCCGACUCCCUGGUUUAUUGCAUUCAAACUUAUGUUUGAGGUUACCUCAACUUGUUUUAAAAGAUUUUGUUUUGUGAAUUUGUACUGUAUAUUUGAGUAACUGUCGAGCUUUUGUUUUAUUUAAAAUUGUUUAACAUGUACCAUGUACAUGUCAUUACUAUAUUUCAGUGCAUCAUGCUUGUAACAGGCAUUUCAUUUAUAAGAAUGAGUUAUUCAUUUGUAAGCCGUUCAGUAAUUUAUCUACUAUUCCUAAAUUGACGUAAUGUUAGGUGUGUAUUUUGAAUCAUCUUUAAUUACAUGUCAGAAUGCCUUAACUACCCUAACUUGACAAAAGAGAAUUCUUCGGAGAGGAGAGGGGGGUGGGGCGUGCGGGAGGAGACCGCGUGAGGACAGUCCUCACGCCAGCCGGAAGGGCAGCGCGAGCAGCGGUGCGGGGUUUAUUUUGCACAUACUGUUUGCAGUCUCGGUGUAUUUAAAAAGUAAAGAAAGUUGCAUCCAGAAGGGUUUUGCUAGAAGGAACACCUUUAAACUCGGACCGGUGACUUCAGCUUUUUUUAGUAGGUUUUUAAUUUUUGGUCAGAGGUACGCAGCCUUAUGAUCUGGAUCUAUUUUGCAUUAAUUUUCCAAUGCCUACAUUUAAUUAGUGGUAAGAGCAGUGUUGGUCAAGUUACUGACUUUGCUCUGCUCUCAUUUAACCCAUCGAACACAAUCUUCCUAAAGCUAGAUUGGUGGUUUAUACAACUCACUUAAUCAGCUACUUUUUAAAGAAAUGAUUGUUGGAAAACGGCAAUGUGGCUUUCUGUUCCAGUGACACUGAGAAAGUGGGACAAGGAUUGAGUUGCACGGUGGAAUUGACCGUGGACCUGGCCUGUAGAUUAGUGACAUAGAGUGUUUUCUCUGUUUUAUUUCGGCCCCCUGUCCUUUUUGUGUUAUGCACUUAAUUUUUGACUGCAAGGGAUCGGUGGGAGUGCUGCUUACAAGUAACUCUCCUGCUCUCGGUGGCCAGAGGCUAUGUGGGACCCACAGAAUUUUCCCAGGUCACAGACCCAAGCUUCCACAGCGUGUGACAGAGCUACACCACUUGGCGGCUGUGAUUCUGAACUCAGUGUGUGUGUCAAUUGUGUUUUUAAGCAAGCAGUGUAAACACACACAUUUGCCUCACAUAAUGGACUUUUAUAGCAAAAGAGAAAAUCUGGAUUUCUAAUUUACAAAUGGCAAAUUAUCUAUCCCUCUGGAUGCACCAAAGACCAGUAAAGUUUAUAGCUUUUCCAUCUAUAUUUAUAAAGCAAUACUGUAUUAUAAAAAAAUCAAUAUUUUUAUCACAUGCUUGAAAUUUUUAUUUUGUUCUGUUUUAAAAUGUGCACUCUAAACAUAUCAGAACCUUAUUUCUUCCUAUGAACUUAAGCUGCCUGCGCACAAAAACAAAAUUUACCAAAUGGAGAUGAAGUAGAGUCCCUAGGCUCUUAAAAACGGAGAGAAGAAAUGAAGGGGAAAACAAGCGAUUUGUCCUGAUUACUGGACUCACUUGACAUGGUUGAUGGGUACUCAAUCACAAAGAAUCCAUUCCAGGUGUGCAUGUUUGGGGGCUGGGCUCUGUCUAGAUUAGAAACUCGGUUUCAAGCCUUGCGUGAUGGCAGUGUGCCGUCGCCCGUCAGCGGCCGAGGGACGGAAAUCACUCAGUGCCACCAGCCCACCACACCAAGGAACACCGCGGGAGGGGAGAAGUUUGGAGUGGUUUUGGAGACUGUGAACAGGAUUGGCUGGAACUGUAAAUGUCUGUACUUCUGGAUGAGUUCAAGGUUCCUUGACACCUUAUACCAGCUAUCUUUGGUGGAAGCCACGGCAUUCAGUUUCGCUGGAAACUGUAUCACAUUUUUGCACUUAACAAGUUUUACAGUAUCCAAACAAAUCUGCUUAGAAAACAAAGCAUAAAAAAUAAAACAAAGCAUAGAAGCAGAAAGUAUUUGGAUUCAAUUUGUAAAAAAUAUUUGCAAAAUUCAACUUCUCAACUCAAAAGAGUGUCCAUGUCAACAUUUUAACGUAGCAGGUAGUUUGUGGCAAAGAUGGCUAAACAAUGAAGCCAGUUGGAGUCUGUGUACUAAUGAGCUGCUUUUUCUGUUGAGACUAUCAUUACUUGUCUUACCCAAGAGGCAAUUACCUGAAUUGGAUGUCUGAAAUAUUAUAACUUAUGCAGGAAUAGUUCUGUAAAUACAUUUAAAUAAACUGUAAAGAUAUUUAAUAAAUAAUAGUAUUUA